ACCGACUUCAGCUCGACCCCCGAACCGAACGCUGUAAACAUCCAGCACCAGCUGUCACAUCGACCAAUAUUUGCAGACUGGCUCUGUUUACCAUUGUUUUCGCGUUAGUGGGGCGCCUUUUAUCGUUUUUAUCCCGUGCGUACGCGCUGUCGUCGUUUGCCAUCGUUGUCACCGUGAUACGGGAAACGCAAUAGUGUAAUCAUCAGUCGUACGGGAUAACAUUUUCACCGUGCGUGCAAGAACCGUGCGUGAGGUGCGCAAGAAUUGCGACGAAAGAGAAACCUUUCCACGGAGGCACGUACACACACACACAGAUGCACGCACACACGUAGGUGGUGUGGGUUUUUCGUGAAGAAGGGUGGCUUGGCUGUGAUAGGUGUCCGAAGGGAGGGGACGAUAGGGCUGAUGUUGGUGGCAUAGUGAAAGAAGUGCGUUCGGAUAAGGAAUUUUUACGAUAAGAGGUCUUGUGAGAAUAAUUCGGCGGAGCAUAGAAUUGUGUUUGUGUGCUUGCGGGUGGUGCGCGGAUGUGUGUGCGGUAAGGGUUUCAUCACUUCCUGUGUCGGGGGAUGGCUCCCGUAGGCUCCCGUAACCGUAUCGAUAAAAAAGUGGAAUGAAUAACACGGUGCCAGAAACGUGAAGAGAAAGAAGAAACCUGAUUGCUGUGUGGGCUCUUUGGAGUUCCCUUCCUGUUGCGUGUGUGUGCGUACGUGUGCUCAACCGUGUGGCCACGGUUUGUUGUGUGCGUUUGUGUGUGUGUAUGUUUCUUUUCUAUUUGUUCGUUCGCUUCUCACCCUUUCUCUGCCCUGCUGCCCACACCGUUUGCCCGCACAUCGUCACACAUUGUGAAUGAAGUGGUUUGACAGCAGAGAAACGACGCAUCGAUUGCUGCGUUAAACAUGACCGAAAGAUGCUGCCUUUGGUCCUUUUUUUUUGUACGGGUAGUGAAUAGGAGACGAAAUGUCACCUCAGUGUUGUUGUUAGGACAGUGUUUUUAACCAAAAAAGGAUUAUCACAGUUAGUUCAUUUUUGGGGCCAUGUACAUGUUCCCCUGCCCCCAGGGUUGGUUCCUGUUUGCCCGUGGAAAAAAAACGUUCGCCGGAAAGGAAUGUUCUCGCACCAGGCACGAGUGCUUAAUCGCCGUAUCUGCCAAGGUUGAAGCAUCGAUUCGAUGGGACUGAUUUGAUUAAAAUGCGAAUUCAUUUGCCUGCCUGUCAGCCGCUUGUGCGGGAAGACCAAUCAAGCGACAGAAUUGUUCGGCUUUUCCGCAAUCGUAAUGGGGCCCCGGUGGUCUUUCGGCUGAGGUUCCUCCCCAUUCAGCAGAACCAGUUUCAUCCCAAUUUGUUCAUGCGUGUGUAGUUGUCCCCAUCGUACCAACAUCGUCGUCGUCGUCGUGGACGUCGUCACAUUGUUCGUGUUUGUAAAAAUCGCGAUCGAUCGGAUUGACCACGUCCCGUUGCCAUCGUUGCCAUCAUUUCAUUUAACACAAGAGGAUGACGGUGAUGAUCGCGUAUGAUAGAGUGAUAAAAUAACGCUGACAGCGUAACGACGUACGACGACGUACUUUGAUACUUGUCUCCCGCGGAAGACGCGUCUUUGGGCGGUGGGGGAGGGUAUCGAGAAGGGAAUGACGAGGUGCGAUGCUACCGCCUAAUCUAUGCGUUCAAUUGUUAUUUUAUCAUUCUGUUUGCUACCACAUUUCUAACGACCACUACAUGUAUAUGUAAGCCGCAGUGUCCGAAAAGCGAAAAGAAAAAAAAAGUGUUUGAUCGACGUCAACUUCCCAAUGGACGCGACGAUGUGUUGGUGAUAAAAUCGUAAACGAACCCUGUACCGAUAAACGUGUUUGGUUGGGGUUGCUAGAUGAUUGUGAUUUGUGUGACGGAAGAGCCAACAAAAAAAAACACACACGUGUGAAAUAACACGCCGCGAGAAGGCGCGAAUUCGAGCAGUUUUUGUGAAGAUCAGCGGGAGUUGUUUUUCAACUUUACACACAGUCCCAACGGAGUGAACGGAAACGUGCUAGUGUAACGAUUAAACUAGACGCGAGAAAAAAAAUACGCCCAAAAUCGUUUUGUGUCAGUCAGAUGAUGAAGACCGUCAUACAGGUAGUGUGGCCAUCCCUGCAGAUGGAACUGUCGUAAGCUUGUGUGUAAGCUUCCCCCACAAAAAAAACCAUCGUAAUUGAAGCAUACAAAUGUGGCUUAACACUGGGACCACCGUCACUCCACCUGCAACAGCUGAUCGACGGAUGCACUUUAGCCGCUUGGUAGUAGUGGAUGCGGUUCCAGGUGUGCACACAGCCGGGAACCCGGUAACAACGUUGCUUACCGUCUGAGAAUUGCACACAGAAAUCUGAGAAAUGACCGAAUCAUUUUCACCGGCCUUUGGCGGCAUUGGUAUGGCCGCCAUUAAGCAACAGCAACUGCAACAGCAACAACAGCAGCAGCAGCAGCAGCAACAACAGCAACAACAACAACAUCUUCAUCAUCAUCCGCACCAAGGCGCGAUGUCGAUCGAGAAGCUGGUGCGCGUUGGAUAUUACGAGCUGGAGAAGACGAUCGGCAAAGGUAACUUUGCCGUGGUGAAGCUGGCAUCCAAUGUCAUCACAAACUCGAAGGUUGCAAUUAAAAUAAUCGAUAAAACCUGUCUGGACGAGGAGAACCUGGCGAAGACGUUCCGCGAAAUAUCGAUACUGAAGAUGUUACAUCAUCCCCACAUAACGCGGCUGUACGAGGUCAUGGAGUCACGCAACAAGAUCUACCUGGUGACGGAACAUGCGGCCCAGGGUGAAAUAUUUGACCAUCUCGUAGCGAACGGGCGCAUGCGGGAGGAGGAAGCGGCCCGCAUCUUUUCGCAGAUAGUGGCCGCUGUCGACUACUGCCACCGGAAGGGCAUCGUGCACCGCGAUCUGAAGGCCGAGAACGUGCUGCUCGACACCGAGAUGAACGUGAAGCUGGCCGACUUUGGGUUUAGCAAUACGUUUAUUGAGGGCCAACCGUUGCGGACGUGGUGCGGUUCGCCACCGUACGCAGCGCCGGAAGUGUUCCAGGGCGUCGAGUACGACGGGCCAAAGUCGGACAUCUGGAGCCUGGGUGUGGUGCUGUACGUGCUCGUGUGCGGUGCGCUCCCAUUCGACGGCACGACUCUGCACGAUCUGCGCAGUGUCGUGGUGGCCGGCAAGUUCCGGAUACCGUUCUUCAUGUCGCAGGAAUGUGAGCAACUGAUCCGGCAUAUGCUGGUGGUGGAACCGGAACGACGCUACACGCUCAAACAGAUCGCACACCACCGUUGGCUGGAACAGUACAAUUCGAUUCCGAUGCUGGAAGCGGGAGACUAUGGUGGUGCAGUUGGCCAACCGCAGCGUGAGGCAGAGAUUCUGGACACGGUUGUAAUGACGCACAUGCUGCAACUGCCCGGGCUGACCGCGGACAUGAUUGCGCAGUCGGUGCACGGUAGCCGAUUCGAUCAUAUCUACGCGAUCUACAAUCUGCUGGUGGAUAAGCUGCGCCAGAAGCGAAAGGAAAAGGGUCGGCUACAGCAUCACGCCAGCCUUGCGUAUUCGCGCUCCCGCAAAACCAGUAUUACGACCGGUGUCGUCGAUCGCACCGAAGUCAUCAAGAACGAUUCGCUCGAACGGUUAAGCCCGCUGACGAGCGUCGGUUCGACCAUACUGAACAUAUCAUCCGGUUUGGCCGGUACGGAGGAUCUAGAGAAGUACGAUCUGGACGCGGUUACUUCAACCGCUACAACCCCCACAACUGCACCGCCCGGUACGUCCGGUACGGUAAAAUCGUCGGAAACGUCCGCCACUGGCGAUCAUUAUCUUUUCCCACCCGGCUGUGCUAAUGGGACGGUCGGUGCCGGAGGAAAUACGCGCCGGCAUACGGUCGGUCCGGGUGAUGUGGCACACGAGCAGGUGUUGGUCAACCCGAACGUUGUACCGAUCAGCUUCAAGAUUGGUGGCGGUGUGCACGAACCAUCGAUUCCACCGACACCGAACGUACCGAUCAACAUUCCGUCGCUGCAGAAUCAACCGAUCCACAAUCUAACCAUUAAGGAUCAGCAUCUGCUGAAGCCACCGACUGUGAUGGGUGCAACGAGCUCCUUUGGACGACGGGCCUCCGAUGGUGGAGCAAAUCUGCAAAUCUACUAUCCUUCGUCAUCUACUAACUUCCACGAUCAACACCAUCAGCAGCAGCAGCAGCAACAGCAACAACAGCAACAGCAGCAGCAGCAACAACAACAGCAAGCAGUUGAUGGUUCGGUGCUGGUACCGGCUGGCGCUUCCACCCUAGGACCGAUUAGCCCCGGUGUAAACAGUUCCACGAUCAUGAUGGACCACGUGAUGCUUCAGACACCCAACAGUGAAGGAACAGACGAUUCGAACGAUGAAAUACAGAGAUAUAUGCACGGUCGCGGCUGCACCAAACGUCAUACAGUCGGCUGCACCGAUGAUCUAUCUGCGGGGAAUGCGUCACCGAUGGAACCACCGCAGGCUCACUCACCGGCCCCCACGACGGGAACCGUUAGCGGCACCGGUGGUGUCAGCGGUGGAGGUAGAACCAGGCGUACCGGUUUGCUAACCGUGAUGGAACGUCCGCCCGUGAUAAGCCCGGAUCUAAUACGGGAGGUAGAGGCGCGUAUGAACCGAGACUAUUUGCCACCUUCGCUGUUACCUACCAGCACGGUCAGCUCUUCCGUGACUAAGCACGGUCCGCUUGAUGCUGGACCCACUUCCGUACUGUCACCCCCGAUACAACCUGCUGUCCCGUACAGUCAGCAUCUUACUGUAGCACAUACGAACCUUGCCGGUGUGUUAACCUCGUGUCCACCGGUUCCAACGCCACCGCCCGCUCAUCAGCAACUGCAGCAGCAGCAGCAGACGGUACAGUCGCAGAUCUGUAAUAGACGUUACGCCACCCGCACAUGUAAGCUACCGACGGUACAGGAAAUUGGUCGCUACAGUCCGGUGCGCCGUGCGUCAGAAGGUUCGCGCAUAACGUCCCAGUUCCAGGGCCCGUUCCAGGAGUGUCAACAGCUGCAGAAAGGUUUGCACGCCGCAGCAAUAGCGGCAUCGCAGCAGCGCAACAAUCUGCUGAUCACGCCCAGCCCACCCCUGGCAGAUAACUCCGUCAGCUUGCCUGGGUCGCCGAUGCACUGUAAAGCGUUUAUGGACGAUCGGACAACCUACCCGGACAUAACCGUUCCGCACGAUGUGCUACUUUCGCUCGUACCGGGGCUAGAGAAGCUGGUGCAAGAGAACCGACUGCAGAUCGAAACGGCCAACAGCAUUCUGAAUACGCGCACAAUGCCGUACGAAGUUGGUCACCAGCUCGGGCUGGUUCGGAGCGGAACAACGGGCGGUACGGUGGGAGGUGGUGGUACGGGUGGUACGGGUAUUAUGGGUGGAACGCUGGAUGUGGGCAUGAAUCUGCUACAGCUUCAACACAGCCAAAGUGUUUCACCGUUGAAUGCGACACUUCGGCAUGGUGGUGGUGGUGCCGCCGGGUCCGGUUAUCCCGUUCCCGGUCGGCCUACCGGUUUCCCGAUGGGUGGUAUGCAACCGAGCUACAUUGCCGGUGGUGCGGGCGUCGGUACAACCUUUGGUCCGUACGGCAAUCCGUACGGAUUCCCGAACCUGAUGGCACCGGGCGGAAUGUCGACGAUGAAUGCGUCUAGUACGGGAAUGUGCCAUUUGUCCGGUUUGGAGUAUGCGGGUAGCAACAGCAACAGUGGAUGUCCUUCGCCGGUUUACUACGCUAGCGGUUGCUCUUCACCGAUCCUGCCCGGGCCGCCCGCUUCAAUCGUGAGCGGUUGUAGCGGGACGAUGGGCGCCGGUAGCACGAGCGCGGGAACGGCCAGUGGUGGUGCCGCAUCACCGAUGCAUCAAAUUACUCGUGGCCUCAGCACAUUAAAUACGGGCGGUGGAGGCGGCAGCAGUAGUGGAGGAAUAGCAGCCGGAGGAGGAGGAGGAGGAACACCAGGAGGAGGAGGAGCAGUGGGAAGUAUCACAAUGGCGGGUGGUUCCAUCACCCGCGGGACAUCCUCGGCGGUGACACCGUUCCCAUCCGUUGCCUGCAAUGAACCGCUCGAUCUAAGCAUGGACAUCGUGAACAGUGUGGAGAUUGAUUUUACCGGCCGAAUAGUGGCGGGCUGUUACUCGGGCGCUACCACACCGGUCAACUAUUUCGAUCCGAAAAAUUACGGUCUGUUGCCACCGCCACCACCACAAACCAUGCGCAUCUCCGCGACACCGCCCACUUCGCCCAACAAUCUGUGCAUCAUCCAGGAAGAACACUCGACGGCGACGACCACGGUUGCGGGUGCACCGUUUAAGAGCCAUUCGGCGAACGGUUCGCCGGAAGAUCUUAGCUUCCAGCAUACGCAUCCGCAGAUCUGCUUGACCGAUGUGCAGGGCAGUGAAAUAACGCUGGUCGCGUUGUCCGACUCGAGCCAUGGCGAUAGUGACGAUUCACUCAACUGUCCGACGGGUAGCAGUGCGACGACGAGCGGGUUGGGAUUUUCCGGUCUACUCAUUACGGAACCGACGAGCGAUAUGCCUUCGAUAACGCGUGGCGUUGGCCGGAAGGCAAGCCUCGACACGGAGAACAAUUCUAGCGCAACAACAACCUCGGCCAAGCUCGAUACGUCCGACAUUAGUGAGUCUUAUGUGCGGCGCGGUAGCGAUAAGUCGCUCGGGUUUAGUGACGAUAGUUUGAGUAACGAUUCGAACCAUUCGAAUCUGUCCCCGAGCCAGGAACCGUCCGCUGCAAGCUCGGGUUUCAAGAGUGCGGACUCCAAUUCCGAGCAGGACGGUGCUAGACUCAGCCCGGAUUCGCUGUGCGAUGGUGCGAAAAGUUCGGACGAAUGUUACGAACUGCCGCUACCGCAGGAAUGUUCAUCGCUCGAUUCCGCACGCAUUCUCGAGAUGGUAAAGCGAACGCUCGACUCUACGAUGCCACCGAAGGGUUGCGUUUACGGUGUGGCCGGUGGCUACGGGUGUAAAGUGUCCGGUUCCGAUCCUAACAGUAGCAGAUCGUCGGUAGCGAUCGGCAUUGGAGGUGAUGAUCGGUCCGGUUCGGUUACCGGUGCAGAUGGGGCGACCGGUUCGGGGCGCAACAACUCCGGCACGGACGGAAGAUCUAAUCUAAGCUUAGAGUUUUCCGGUGGGUUGCAGAUUGAGCUGCAGGUGUACGAAGGACGCAACAGCAAAGACAGCAAUACGAGCAAGGGCAUUAAGCUGCGGCGGAUCUCCGGCGAUCAGUACGAGUAUGGUAAGCUCUGCCAGCAGCUUAUCACAUCCUUAACGGUGUAAGUGCACAUAGCGAUGAAGGAUUUACGUUGAUAGAUUUGAUUUUUUUUUUGUUAAACAUUAGCACUUACCACCGUUUCGUCACGUAGCUCAGUUUGCUACACUAAUCCUAGUGACUUGUUGAUAGUGAAUCCCUAUCAAGCGACGAACCCCCAUAAAAGGGCGUUGUGUUCGAACGAGUUUGUGUUACUAUAUAUAUUGUUUUUAGCUACGUUUCUGUUAAAUGCAAUCUUUUAGUAUAAUUGUCCGUUCGACACACACAUACACUUUCGGCGAACGUGUCGCGUAAUUAUUAUUGCUGCAAUGUCUUUUUAAUCUCAGCCCGGUUUCGGUUAGUUCAAUGAUAUAUAGCAAAAGGACUAAAAUGGUUGGACACGAGGCGCCAGCGCCCGAGAGUAGUACGUUUUAAUGCGUUAAUUUAUUAGCUUGUAUCAUUUUAUUCGAUUUCAAAAGGAAAUUCCCCCAUGUUUUUAAUACAUAUAGCUGGUGCAGAAGCAUCCGUUUAGAUGAAGAAUGUGGCCACAAUUCGCUUUGUUAGCGUUAUAUAAUAUGCCUUGAGUUUGUCGAAGGAACGAAGAAAAAAAAAACGGAUUCCGUCUGCGUCUUUCACCUUCGCUCCCUGCCUCCUCUCAGCAAUAGCCAAGUAGGUAGUUUUUAUCCUUGUUCGUACAUGUAUAGUAUUGUUAAUCAGUAAGUAAAUGAUAGCGUAUCUACCAAUGAGAGCGAAAGAGAGAGAGAGAGCGAGAAAACAAGGAAAGGAACGGAAAGCUGUUUGUGUUGAGUUUUCCCUUUUUUCCCCCUAUGAAGUGUCUCUAGCAAUAUUCACUAGAUUGUUCACUACAUCCCGGGCAAAGCCAAAACGGAACUUAGAGAUAUGACUCAGUUGAACACCAUCUAAUUGUUAAUAUGUCCAAACCGUUUCUCGCUUCACCAACUACAGUUUGGCCGUGUGGGGGAAAUCCGAAAGCCACUUAACACGGUAGUUUUAUCGAACGUUACGAAGAAAUUAUAGGCGUUUGUUUUUAGUUAUUACCUUCCGUAUGAGUUCAACGAAAAAACAAAACCUCCCUUGCCAAGUGGGUUGUUAAAAGUUAUCAGUUUCAAACUGUCGUAAAGCUGUCGUUUGCCGAUAGACGCGUACACUCACUUAGCGCGGUUCGGCUAAUCUCUAAGACUUAUUCACAAUCGAUGGAUCAUGCUCAUGAUGUAUAGAUAUGUUGUGUUCAAACUCAAUGCACGCCUGGUGUAACACGGCAUGUGCUACAAAAUCGUUAUGAAGAAAACGUUCCAAUAAUGGUGCAAGUGUCCUACUAACUGUAUGUAAUGCUAUCUGUUUCUGGAAGCUGUCGACAUGAUCAUUUCGAGCUGCAAGUGAUGUUUUUUUUUAAACAAUUUUGGUUUCUUACUGUGUCUGUGAACAGUUUUUGGUAAUAUAAUUUGGAAGAAAAAUGCUAAAAGCGAUCGAUAGAGAACGGGCCAGUGCCAGUUAGAAGAGAAAGCGAUACUAAAUAUUUUAUAUAUAUACAUUCAGAGACGCAGAGCCAGCACGAUCGGGAUGUUGUGUGCAACACCGUGGUAGGAUUAAAACGAGAAAACAAAUCCAUUCUGAAACCUAUAUGUGAUGUCCUGGAUCACACACUGAACCAAUAUGUGCAAUUUCUAAGCCGAAUACAUUCCAAAAUGUGUAACUGUCGUCGUUGGUGGUGUGAUGCAAACAGAAUGAAGCGAGGAUCAAGAAACAGAUCCGUACGUACGAAAGGGAAAUAUUAAUUUAUAUGAAAUAUAUAUAUAUAGAGCUAUACAUAUAGAUAUAUUAUGGACAAAACACAAACACGAACGGACAUUCCUGAAGAUGUGGUGAAAAGCUACCACACAAAAGAAAAGAGGCGCAAACCACAAACCACUGAACAAAACCGUUUUCAUCUUCAGUUUGGUGUGUAUGUGUGUGUGUGUGUGUGUGUGUGGAAUUUGCAACAAUGUAAGAGUUAAAAGAGAGUUUAUAUUUAUUGCCCAGUUGCGUAAGGGACUGGUUUGUCCAGAGUCGAAACCUUAUUCGCCAGAAAGCUAAUACACAUUUGCCUGUUAUCUAGCAAAACAGAACAGCGCAUUGGCACAAAUCAACUGAAAAAAAGAAGUUAAAAACUAACUAAACUAAACAAAAGUGUAGCAUUACAAUGAACCAAUACACAAACGUAAGCAAAACAAAAAAAAACCCCGUCUGUCUGUAGCUACCCCAAAAUUCCCGUCUUAAACUUUACAUAGGGUAGUGUAGAAUAGCUAAAAACAAACAAAAAAACAAAUCGCGUAUCAAGAAGCAAAAUGGCAACGCAAUGCGACUAAAAGUGAUCGAUGCAUACGAGAUUCGUCGGAGACAAAACAAAACCAACAAAAACCAAUGUUGACAAAGGCAAUGGAACAAGUGCAAAUACAUGUAAAUCGAAUUCGGCGGAAGGAGCUGAUGAUAAGCUAAUGCAACUGGAGAGCUAGGAAGGAAGUUGUGCUGAUAUUUCCCCCAAAUGUUCAAUCGAUGAUAGUUUGGCUAACGGUUGAUAAUGGAACGUGCGUAACGUCUGCGAUCGUUACAGUGAAACACGAACAAGCAAAAUAUGGAACGGGACGAGAUCAAACCGAUAACAGCAACAAAAAACGGACACAAGCGUCAAAACAUUCGAAUGUAAGUGAUUAGGUUUAGCGCCCUCAACAUAUUAUACACACCAUGCAUACUACAUAGCUCGAUAGUGGCUAGUAUUUCCAUAUUGAACCUUCUACUGCGUUUACUAUUUUGACUACUACAACUAACAAGCAGAAGCAAAAGGAAGAAGCAAAAGACAGCCCCGCAAAUGAUGGAUUUAUGGUUAAAUUAGUACGUAAAGGAAUAAAGAAAAAAAAAGCAAACCACAGGACACACCAUUCACCGUACAACCUUACUAUAACGCAGGGCAGGAUAAAGCAACAAAAACACAAAGAGAAAGAGAGAGAAAAUUCAAACUCAAUAGAAAGCACUGGAAACACUUGCAGAACGCCAACCAAACUAAAACCAACUCUCCCGCUACUAAAAUUGCCCAACAAAAAAAAAAACAAAAUCCUAUUCGGGAUUUGUUUUCGGGCGAAUUGCAAAUUGCCCCCAACUAUAAUCAAGCAUAAUAGCAACAAAACACAAAACAGAAAAUAACUACAACAAAAAACAAAACUAGAACACAAAUCAAACCACAAAACAGUUGAACAAGUUUAUCAUUAAAAGACUGCUGUGAUUUUAACGUAAUAAUGAAUAAAAGAUAUAGCAAAAAUAA